AUGGUAAAGCAAACAAUUCAAAUAUAUUGUCGAGUAAAACCAACGAAAUCGAAAACAUCGUUUUAUGAAAUAAAUCAUGUUGAGGAUGGAGCUAAUCUAUCCAUUAUCGUUCCAAAAGAUGCAACCGAAGGUUAUAUAAAUAAUAAACGUGAAGAUUUUCGUUUUCGUUUUCGUCAAAUAUUUGAUCAAAACGCCAAGCAAGACGAUGUUUUCGCUGCAGUUGCUCGACCGGUUAUCGACAAUGUCAUUUCUGGAUAUAACGGAACAAUAUUCGCUUACGGACAGACGGGUUCAGGAAAGACAUUUACUAUCACUGGCGGACCAGAACGAUAUGCUGAUCGUGGUAUUAUUCCACGUUCUCUCUCCUACAUUUUUCAACAAUUUGCACAACAUGCCGAUCAAAGUCACACAGUUCAUGUGUCUUAUUUGGAAAUUUACAACGAAAACGGUUACGAUCUGCUCGAUCCGAAACAUGAAGCAUCCAAGCUCGAAGAUCUACCACGAGUUUUACUAAUGGAAGACGAAGAUCAAAAUAUGCAUUUGAAAAAUCUCUCUGUUCAUGCAGCACAAAAUGAAGAAGAAGCAUUGAAUUUACUCUUUCUCGGCGAUACCAAUCGAAUGAUUGCUGAAACUCCAAUGAAUCAAGCAUCAACACGAUCUCAUUGUAUAUUCACUAUUCACGUUACUAGUAAAGAAGUUGGCUCGGCAACUGUACGCAAAGCCAAGUUGCAUUUAGUUGAUUUAGCUGGUUCGGAACGUGUUUCGAAAACAAAUGUUAAUGGGUUAUUGUUAACCGAAGCGAAAUAUAUCAAUUUAUCACUUCAUUAUCUUGAACAAGUCAUUGUUGCACUGUCGGAAAAACAUCGCUCACAUAUUCCAUACCGAAAUUCCAUGAUGACAUCGGUUUUACGUGAUAGUCUUGGUGGAAAUUGUAUGACAACGAUGAUUGCAACCUGUUCAGUCGAUAAACGAAACAUCGAAGAAACCAUCUCAACUUGCCGAUUUUCUCAACGUGUCGCAUUGAUCAAAAACGAUGCCAUUCUGAACGAAGAACUUGAUCCGCGUGUGUUAAUCAAUCAGUUACGAGUUGAGAAUCUUCAAUUACGAAAUCAAAUUUCGAUGCAAAAUGGAAAUGAACAAUUCACCGAAAGCUUAACUACAGAAUUGAUCGAAAAAUUAUUUGAACAAGUAAAAGUCUAUUUAGCUGAUACGGACAACGAAGCAACAUUAAAUGUCGGCGCCGAUAUGCGGAAGAUCGAUCAAUGUUACCGAGCAUUUAAAAAAUUACAUCUUGAAUUGCAAGAACAAUUGAAAACAGCAUCGACCACGUCGACGAAACAUGGCCAGCCGAUCUACAUCACACAUGAUAUUUCACCAUACGAUAGUAAAGAAGUGAAAGAAUUGAAAGAAAUCAUCAAAUUACGAGACAAUGAAAUUAGCAUAUUGGUCAAUAUGUUAAAAAAAGAGAAGAAAACUGAAUAUCGGCCGUUUACUGAAAGUACAACAUUGAAGACUGAAAACUCGUUUUCAUCGACUGAUCGAGUUGGGAAUCAGUUGAAAAACAUGUCUGUUGGUCGUCAAGAAGCGUUCGAUCAUUUUCGACGAGAGAAUCCUAUCAAUCUAAAACUCGAAGAGCACAAACGCAUAUUAAAACAACGAUUUACAGAAGCAAAAGUACUCGGUGAAGAAACCAAUCAAUGUCGAAAUCAAAUCAAUCAUAUGAAGGGACAGUAUGAACAAAUGCAUUUACGUCUUGCUGCACAAUUGACCCAGGAUGAAAUCGAGAAAAAUCAGGAAUUGAAUAGAUUACGUUCGACUAUGGAACGAGAACAGACGAAAUAUCGUGAAUGUUUCAAUCGAUUGAAAAAUAUGAAGCAAGAGAUCGAGCAUAUUCAACAUGUGAUUGAAAAAGAUCGUUUGCAAAUGCUGAAGGAAUUCGACGAUUGGUGGGAAGAACAAUCUGAACAAGCAGAACAACAAAGGCAACUGUUAGAAAUGAAACCAUCCACAACUGACCAUGAUCAAUCGAGAAAAUCGACCGCAUCGACCAUCAUCUCAACAAUGGAACUUACCAUUAACAGGCGACAAGAAAACUGA